UAUAUAUACAGCACAUGCGAUGCGGCUCAGGUUUAAGUUGCCGAUCAGUCAGUCGUCAGUCGCACUGGAAGUACAAGCUCCGUAGCUCCGUGUAAAAAGUCAACCAACAACUCAAAUUGACGACAAUUGCUGUGGAAAUUGCCACAGGUAACACAGGUACUCGUACAAUAACAGCAGCAAAAUGAAGCUCCACUCUGGUCUGUUUUUGAUCUGUGCCGCCCUGCUCAGAUGCUCGACAGCCACUGAGGUCAGGCCCUGCCCGAAAUCCAAGUCGAAGGCCCUGAGCACCAGUGAUGUGUCCAUCUCCAAUUGUCCCAAGAACAGGUGCAUACUGAAGCGCAACACGGAGGCCAGCAUCAUGAUGAAGAUCCGGCCGGAGCGCGACUUCCAAGAGCUCAACUCGGACAUUCAGGGCAUCAUUUUGGACGUGCCACUGCCCUUCCCCGGCUACUACGGCACCAGUGCCUGUCCGCACAUCUACGAUGAGGCUGGCGAGAAGCAGGUGGGCUGCCCGCUGAAGGCCGGCCAGACGUAUACCUACAAGAAUAGCUUCAAGAUCCUGCCCCUUUAUCCCACCGUCAGCCUGGAGAUCCACUGGGGAUUGGGCGACAAGGAGGGCGAUGCGGCCUGCUUCCAGAUACCCGCCAAGAUCAAAGCCUAGGCCAAAGAGAUUGCGAUGUUAGCUUUUAUUAAGGUUGAAUCUCUUAAAAUCGUAUCUGCAUAUCAUAGUAGUUAGGGAUUAAGUACGGUUAAGUGAAUGUGAAUGAAAGCAAAGUUCUUGAUAUCGUUUCCAAUAUUGCGGCAUCCAGCCAGUGACGCAAUACUGAGCCUGCAGAAGACCCCUGAUCCGUUCGAUCAGUUGUGAGCUGUGUCUGAUAAUUCUACACAUACAUAUACAUAUGUAUGUACUAUAAUAUUAAUAGUAAUAAUAUUAAUAAUAAAAACCAACAACAAAUUCUA